CUUUCGCCUCCCAAGCCUGUCGCUGCCGCCCGCCGCAAGCAGCCGAUAUCCAUAUACGCCUCGUGCACAUCCCACGCACGUCCCGCGCACAUCCCACACAAACGGAUAUCCCUGUCUGUAAACGCGAUGGGCUCCGUAUACAUCCCCCCGGUCCGCCUCGCAGUCCUUGAGGCCGAUACGCCGGUGCCCGGCGCCAAGGCCAAGUUCGGCUCGUACGGCGGAGUGUUUAAGCACCUGUUCGAGCGGGCAUGCGCAUCCCUGAGCCCGCCGGUACCGUUAUCAUCAUUGUUGGAGCUGUCAUCGCACGACGUUGUUAACGACCUGUCGUCCUACCCCGACCCCGCGACUAUAGACGCCAUCCUUAUCACUGGAGCUAAGUACUCGGCGUAUGACAACGACGAAUGGAUCCUCCGACUCGUGGAGUACACCAAGAAGUGCCUUGAUGGUGGGCGCGUCCGCGUUGUCGGUAUCUGCUUCGGCCACCAGAUCGUUGGCCGCGCUCUGGGGUGCCACGUUGGCCAGAGCCGCAAUGGCUGGGAGCUGAGCGUCACGGAGCACAAGCUUACCGAUGAGGGCAAGAAAUUAUUCGGUCUGGAAAAAAUGGCGAUCCAUCAAAUGCACCGAGAUGCGGUGUUCUCGUACCCGCCAGGCGCUGUCCCGCUGGCUCGCACUGAGGCCUGCCCCGUGCAGGCCAUGUAUAUACCGCGGAAAGUAAUCACGGUACAGGGCCAUCCGGAGUUCAACGAGGAGAUUGUGCGAGAGAUCCUCGAGAUGCGUCGGUACGGUGGCAUCCUCAGCGUGGACGUAUUCGAAGACGGCAUGCGCCGCGUCGCCAACAAGCAUGACGGUGUUGCCGUCGCUCGGGCGUUCCUGCGAUUUCUACGUGAGUAUUAGUUACGAAGCAUCACGCACGUUGGGAAGGGAAUUUUAAAAAACGAGAAAACCAAAAACAAAGCGCCCACCCAUACGAAAAGCUCGCCUUUGGGGACAACGUCGUAGGCAAAGAUACACCUCAUGGAUAUCAAGUCGAUGAUCACAAUCGGUGGACGCGGACAAUGUGGGAUCGGCCGUUGAGCCUAGGCUAGUCGUUCGUAUGGUUAUCACGGUCUACGAUGCCACCUUGGGGGUUCCCUAGCGCG